AUGCUCGAUAUCGAUUUCCCUGCUCUGACUGCAUUUACUUUACAUUUACAUCUUUCAUCUAUAGAUGGUCCCGCGGGUUUACGAAUGACUGGAGAGGAAGUUACUCAUAGGACUGCUUCACCGAUUAUCGAAGAAUCAGCGAGUGAUAUAUAUUCCGAGCAAGAGCCAAACGACCUUGGAAGAGGAUCUCGGACUGGGAUUGGUACGACUUCUCCACAUGAUGAACAAUUCGAAAUGGUUGAGAUGGAGCCAUCGUCAUAUGCUACUGUAGAAGAAGGUUUUCGCGCAGUAGACUACAAGAAGGAACCUUCUGGACCUAGCUUAAGGCCGAAGUUGUCUACGCAAGAACACAUAGACGCUGAUGAUCUCUUUUUUGCAUUCUCCGCGGAUGAUGACAAGACACACAGCAAGCAAGCACCUUCAGAAGAUACGAAAAAGGGACGGCCUUUAGCGAACAGUCAUGUCACUCUCCAGUGUACCUUUACCGGAAGC